AUUUUCAUUAAAAUUAUCUUUUUUAUUAUUAACAUUAGUAUAUACACAUAAUAUAAAAUGGCCACAUUAUCACGUAAUUUACGUCUUUCACUCGAUACUCCAACCAGUACCUUUGUUAGAACCAAAAUUGUUUGCACAAUUGGUCCAAAGACAAUGAGCGAAGAUUCACUUAUUAAAUUAAUUGAAACUGGCAUGAACGUUUGCAGACUUAAUUUUUCACAUGGUACCCACGACUAUCACGGUCAAGUUAUCAGAAAUGUUAGAUCAGCCAUGGAAAAGACUGGUAAAAUUAUUGCCAUUAUGUUAGAUACUAAAGGUCCAGAAAUUAGAACUGGUAAAAUUGAAGAUCGUCAAGGUUAUGUUGAUUUAUUCGUUGGUCAAGAAAUUCUUGUCGAUACUGAUACUGCCAAACCAGGUAAUUCAUUCAGAAUUGCCAUCGAUUAUAAAGGUUUACUUGAUUCAGUCAAAGUUGGUGGUUAUAUUUUAAUUGCUGAUGGUGUUAUUUCAUUAUCAAUUACUGCUGUUGAAAAAGAAAAAGGUCACGUUGUUUGUAGAGUUAAUAAUAACUCACGUUUAGGUGAAAAUAAGAAUGUUCAUUUACCAGGUGCAAUUGUUAAUUUACCAGCUGUUUCAGAAAAAGAUAUCGAAGAUAUUAAAUUUGGUGUUGAACAAAAUGUUGAUUUCAUUGCAGCUUCAUUCAUUAGAAAAGCUGAUGACGUUUUAGAAAUUAGAAAGAUUUUAGGUGAAACAGGUAAAGACAUUCAAAUUAUUUCAAAGAUUGAAAAUGUUGAAGGUGUUGACAAUUUCAAUGAAAUUUUAGAAGUUUCUGAUGGUAUUAUGGUUGCUCGUGGUGAUCUUGGUGUUGAAGUUCAAAUGGAAAAGAUUUUCGUUGCCCAAAAGAUGAUUGUAAGUAAAUGUAACGCUGCUGGUAAACCAGUUAUUACUGCCACACAAAUGUUAGAAUCUAUGAUUAAAAACCCAAGACCAACCAGAGCUGAAGCUACUGAUGUUGCCAAUGCUGUUCUCGAUGGUUCAGAUUGUGUUAUGUUAUCAGGUGAAACUGCCUCUGGUGACUAUCCAUUCGAAGCUGUUGAUAUCAUGACCAAGAUUUGCAGAGAAGCCGAACUUGUAGAAUCAUCAACUGAUUACCAAUCACUCUUUGCUGCCCUCAAAUUAUCAUCACCAAAACCAGUUACUGUCGCUGAAACCGUUGCUUCAUACGCCGUCGCUACUGCCAUCGACUUAAAAGCUGAUCUCAUCAUCACUCUUACCGAAACUGGUCUUACUACCCGUCUUGUCAGCAAAUAUCGUCCAUCCAUCCCAAUUAUUGCUGUUACCUCAUGGAGACACACCGUCAAACAUCUUUUAGCCACCAGAGGUGCUAUUCCAUUUUUAGUUGAAUCAUUAAUUGGUACCGAUAAACUUGUCGAAUCAUGUCUUGAAUACGCCAUCAAACAUAAUCUUUGCAAAGUUGGUUCAAGAGUUGUCAUUGUUUCAGGUGUUAUGGAAGGUGUCCAAGGUAAAACCAAUUCACUUAGAGUUUUAACUGUUGGCGAAUCAAUUAGAGGUAUUAAGAAAUAAGAACUGAAUUGUCUUUUUCAUUUUCACUCCAUACAAAAUAUUUAAAAAUUAAAAUUUUUUUCUUGCUGCCAUUAAAUGUUAAAUUAUUUAAUGGUUGUGUAAAUAUAAUAAUAAUAAUUUUUCAUUAUAAAUCUAUGAUUUUUUUUUUUUUUUUUCAAAAUAAAAAAAUUAUAAUUAU